GGGGGUGGUGCUGGCGGAAUUCCCGAGGUUUUUUCCCGUUUUUUUUUCCAGGAUUUUCAUCAUCUGGGCCAUCUCCAGCUGGUUCCGGCGGGGGGCGGCGCCGCAGGAGCCGAGCGGGGCCGGGGGCGGCGGCCGCAGCCCCAGCAGGAACCUGUUCCCCAAGGACACCCUGAUGGAUCUCUACGUUUACAUCUCGGAGCACGAGCACUUUACGGAUUUCAACCUGAGCUCGGCGCUGUUCUGGCAGAAGCGGGACCUGGUGUACGGGGACUGGACCAGCGGCGAGAACGCGGACGGGUGCUACGAGCACUCGGGGCAGGUGGACAUCUCCCAGAGUGUGCAGAGGAACGGCUCCAUCUACGUCCACGUUUACUUCACCAAGAGCGGCUUCCACCCCGACCCGCGGCAGAAGAGCCUCUACCGGCGCCUGGCCACCGUGCACACCUCCAGGAUGAUCAACAAAUACAAACGGAGGCGAUUCCAGAAAACCAAAAAUCUCCUGACGGGAGAGACGGAGGCGGAUCCCGAAAUGAUCAAGAGGGCCGAGGACUUCGGGCCGGUCGAGGUCAUUUCUCACUGGCACCCAAACCUGACCAUCAACAUGGUGGAUGACCACACCCCCUGGGUCAGGGGCAGCGUGCCCCCACCCCUGGACCAGUACGUGAAGUUCGACGCCCUGAGCGGGGACUAUUUCCCCAUCCUGUACUUCAACGAUUACUGGAACCUGCAGCGGGACUAUUUCCCCAUCAACGAGAGCGUGCAGCGCCUGCCGUUCCGCCUGUCCUUCUGCCCGCUGUCGCUGUGGCGCUGGCAGCUCUACGCCGCCCAGAGCUCCCGCUCGCCCUGGAACUUCCUGGGGGAGGAUCUGUACGAGCAGUCCGACGAGGAGCAGGACUCUGUCAAGGUGGCUCUCCUGGAGACCAACCCCUACCUGCUGGCUCUCACCAUCGUCGUCUCCAUCGUCCACAGCGUCUUCGAGUUCCUGGCCUUCAAAAACGACAUCCAGUUCUGGAACAGCCGGCAGUCCCUCGAGGGCCUCUCCGUGCGCUCCGUGUUUUUCGGGGUGUUCCAGUCCCUCGUGGUCCUGCUCUACAUCCUGGACAACGAGACCAACGUGGUGGUGCAGCUCAGGUGGGCCCUGAUCAAUAACUGCACUGAUCAGCAGUUAUUGGCUAUUUUGUUAUUGAUAAUCAAUAUCCACAUAAUGAGUAAUAAAUACAUUUUUGUAUUUAUAUGUUUAUAUAUCUGUAUGUUUCUGUAGUAAGUGACUACUGGU